AUGUCGCUCUCUCUGUUGCUGCUGCUGCUGCUGGUCAGCAUCUCCCAGGCUUCUCAUUUCUUGGGGACAGUGAUGACCUACUACCCAAAAAACACUGGCAGGGUGGUGCUUCGCUACAAGGUGAACUUCCACUCUUGCGGAAAUUUAAGUUGGAAUUGUCCUAGUAAUAAUUGUGGGACUGAGAGUUUAGUGCAGAAUAAGGUCGACGAGGAAAGCAGUGGAGAAUGGUGCCAGACGGAGGGAAAGUCAACUCGUCUGGUUUCUAGCAACGCUCCGUUUCAGCUCGAGUUGAACAGUGGUAACUGGAUAAAUAACAUCAGAAAUGGCAUCGUAAGGUGGAAAGCUGUGACUCUGGUUGAACUGAGAAACCGGUCAGACACUGGCAAAGCCAACACAUCACCACAGACUACCAUCGUGCCUGUUGUGAGAGUUCCUUCAAACUGUCAGAGAGAUUUCAACCUGUUGGCGUUUGACCCUGACGGGGACGAGGUUAAAUGCAGAUAUGGAAACACAUUACUGGGAGAGUGUAACCCCUGCACACCACCGUCUGUUCUCAGCCUUGCAUCAUCGUGUUCUCUGUCAUUCAGCCCCACCAGUCGCAGCAAUGAAGGACCGUAUGCGGUCCAGCUGGUGAUGGAGGACUUCCCCAGACAGACUAUCACCCUGACUCAAAACAAUGGUUUGCAGGUGGUGAAAACUACAAACGACGCUAUCAGCAAAAUACCUAUCCAGUUUGUUUUAUGGGUGGAUCCUCCGGUGCUGUCCUGCACAGAGGGACUCUAUCUGCCCAGGUUCCUGCCUCCAACCCCAGCCAACAGAGCUCUGCUGUACACACCUGUCAAUCAGUCCCUGGAAAUCAAUAUCAAAGCAGAGGCAAAUCUCUCCAUCAUCUCUGAGCUGCUGUACAGCGGGCCAUACAACAUACAAGAGACUACACCGGCAGCAGGAGAGUACGUCCUGAGGUGGACACCGUCUCAAGAUGAAGAUGGAGAAAGCCAUCCUAUUUGCUUUGUUGUCCAGGCAAAUUCAAGGCAAAAAAAUUACUAA